UCAUAAGCCUGGCGCCGCCUUGGGCGUUCCACAUGUGUGAAACCUAAAUCCGAAUUCCUACAAGACGCUGGGAAAACGCCCUGUGCACUGCAGAAUACGCAACUUACCUUAUAAAAAGCAGACAUACUUGUUUCCAGUAGUACGUUUCCAGUAGUCAGGAGUCAGGGAGUCCUGACGUCUCCGGAGUCCGGAGCGCCCCUUCAUAUCCCAAUUCUGCGCCUCGACCUGCGCUGACAUUUGACAGGCUUUGGGCGCUUAUAGGGAUGACUUCCUGCAAAUAUCAAAGCGCAUACAUAAUGAAUGAACAACUGCCGUUCGCUUGGCUGCCGGUUUGCCUGUAGGCCAGUCAAAUCAUUACAUCUGCCUUGAUUGAAUCUGCUUCUGUAUAGCCAUACGCUGGCCACGCGAACGGCAGUCGCACGGGCUCUGGCAUCCGGGCACUUUGACUCCGCUUACGACUUCGCCGAAAUGAGGACUUUAUAGGUUACCGUCAAGCAGCUGUGUACACGGCUACAAAUAGCAGGACGCGGCUUGGUCCCGUCUCCCGGUCCAGCGGCGACACGACGGGCCACCGCAGACCCACGACCCAUUCGGUGGCCACACGGCACCCAAAAAUGCUGCUGCUGAUAGCUGUGGCGCUUUUGACUAUGGGGUUACAGCAAGUUACGGCGCAGAGCUGCAGCGGGAGCACGUGGACAGGGGGCGGCUCGCCGAUGUACGACUGCAGUUCAAACAUGACGGCGUACGUAUCCAGCAACAUCACCACCCCGUCAAGCGCGAUCGGGGGAAGCGCGGGCGGCCUUGCGGGACCGCCCUACUGGGGCACGUCGAGCAAGUGCCUGAGCGGCGAGCCCACGGUGUUGGCGGAGCAGCUGACGUCGUGGUUCACGGGCAACAACGGCGCGACGUCCUGCAACAUCACCGUAUACUUUGAUACGUACGCCGCUGUACGCCACACAGGCGAGUGUUGUCUUCGGUGUCAGUUGCGCAUCCCAAGGGUUGGCAUCCUCAUUGUGCACAAGGGCGCGGCCAAGUCAAACAUUUCGCCCAACCUCACUUUGCUCCCGGUGUGGGGCUCCCCAGUGACCACAAGCUGCGGAAGUGAACCUGCGGCCAAAUGUGGCACCAGCGACAACGUAUUCUGGUACACCUGCAGCUUCAGCGGGACGCUGACGUACGUGGCGGGCAUCACCUUUGGCGUACAGGACAACGGCUACAAGGUGUUCGAUGCGGUGCGGCUUAUCGGCUACCGAGGCUACAUGCCGCCCAGCCCGCCGGUGUUCUCACCCCCGAGCCCCGCGCCACCCAGCCCCUCACCACCCUCACCAGCCCCGCCCAGCCCGAAUCCACCUAGUCCGGCGCCGCCCAGUCCGGCGCCGCCCUCGCCACCGCCGAGUCCUGCGCCGCCCAGCCCAAAGCCGCCCAGUCCCGCGCCACCCAGCCCCGCGCCACCCAGCCCACCUCCCAGUCCUGUGCCGCCCAGCCCAGCGCCGCCCUCGCCACCCCCGAGCCCGGCGCCGCCGUCACCAUCGCCUCCCUCGCCUCCUCCCAGCCCAGCGCCGCCCAGCCCAGCGCCGCCCUCUCCGCCCCCCAGCCCGCAGCCUCCUAGCCCUGGCCCACCAUCACCAGCACCGCCCAGCCCAGCGCCGCCCAACCCGGUGCCGCCCAGCCCGGCGCCUCCCAUGCCUCCUCCCAGCCCGACGCCACCCAGCCCCGACCCCCCAAGCCCUGGGCCUCCGUCACCUUUACCACCUAGCCCCCCGCCCAGCCCACCACCGCCCAGCCCAAUGCCGCCCAGCCCGGCGCCUCCCAGCCCGACGCCUCCCAACCCAGCACCACCGAGCCCGGAACCCCCCAGCCCGGUGCCGCCUGCUCCACCCAGCCCGGCGCCGCCCAGCCCGCCCGGAGCCUCCAAGCCCAGCACCGCCCAGUCCCUCUCCUCCCAGCCCAGCCCCUCCCUCCCCGGAGCCUCCAUCACCUGCACCACCAAGCCCAGCACCGCCCAGCCCUGCUCCGCCCAGCCCGGCGCCGCCAAGCCCCGCACCUCCAAGUCCGGCUCCGCCUUCACCCGCGCCGCCCAGCCCCGCACCGCCCAGCCCGGCGCCACCAAGCCCAGCGCCGCCAUCACCUAUUCCACCGUCACCCCCGCCUCCCAGCCCUGGGCCCCCUGUUCCCCCAUCGCCUGCACCACCAAGCCCAAGCCCGCCUCCCAGCCCGGCUCCGCCGAGCCCAGCACCACCCAUGCCACCAAGCCCGCCGCCUGCGCCUCCUUCCCCCCCCCCUCGCCACCCAAACCACCGCAGCCUCCUUUCAUCAUCCCAUCAAUUGGGGUGCCUCCAGAGUAUGUGGCGGUCAACGACUCGUUGCCACAAGGUUACUUGACCGUAACCCAGGUGGUGGAUGUUCCUGACGACUUAGCCACCAGCCCUGAAGCUUUGGCGGCGCUGUUUCCUGGCGGAGCUAGCCUGGCCGUCACUGGGAAGAACAUUCGCGUACCUGUGGAGAUCACAACAGCGGUGCAGGCGACAGCUGUCCUAACUACAAGUCUGGGAAUCAGUACCCAAGUGGAGGUCGGCUGCAACUCAGCGUUCCUGGAUGCCUUCCGCUCGGAGCUGGCCCUGCGCGCCAACCUGACCACCGACAUCAUCUCCAAUGUUAGCUGCAACGCCGGCGCGCCACAGCAGGCCGCCUCGCGCCAUCACCGCCGGCGCCUGUAUAGCAGCGACAGCCAAGGCGGCAUCGCUGGCGGCGGCGAGCCCUACAGCGAUGCCUGGGAUGGGGGCGAGCAGAAAGACGAAGCUGGCUUGGAACUUGACGACGGCUACGGCGGGGAUGGCGACGGUGCAGGUGCGGAGAUGCGGCGGCUGCUUGCUGCGGCCGCGUCGGGCACGUGCCCAGCCACAGGCGCCGGCAGCCUGUCCCUGCUGGUGGUGCUCAGCGUGCCGGCUGCAGCAACCAAUAACUCGCAGCUGUACAAAAGUCAGAUUGCGGCGGCGCUCGACGCGUGGACGGCCGAGUCAGCGGCGGGUUCGGGAGCUCCGGGCAUGCUGCAGCUGUGCGGUCCAAGCAUGGACGACAUUGUCACCACCACAACGGUGCGUGUUGUUAGCGAGGUGGCGCUGAGCAGCAUGGGCGCCUCAAACCUGUCCUCCGUCUGUGGCUCGGCGGACCUCACAACCACGACCGCGCUGGGCGGUGCCGGCAGCUCCGUGGCUUGUCGCGUCACCGCCGCCAGCACGGGCGAUGACGGGCGGCCGCCGGCCGUGUCGAACCCGAGCCCAGCGCCCGCCUCGGCGCCUGUUAGCGCCGCCGGCGCCACCACCUCGUAUCUUUCCAUCAUCAUCGCCGCCGCCGUGACGGGCGGCGUGGUGGGCGCCGUGUGCCUAGCAGUGAUCGGGAUCGUGGCCCGGCGGCGCUCCCGAGAGAAGCGCCAGCGUGAGGCUGGGGAUCCAGGCGAGCUCUCUUCCUCAGAGUUGGACCACGGUCAGGCCGGAACAGAGACCAACCAGUUUUACGUGGGAGCAGAGGCAGCGGCCUCGGCUGGAUCUGGCGUGGAGGCCGGCGGCAUUCUUGCUGUUAUCCUUCCCACCGGGGCCACGCGCGGCAGUAGCAGUGCCCGGCCAGUCGCAGGAACAGCAGGGGCAACUGCAGCCGGAGCAAGCGGCGGCGGCAACGCGUUUGGCCGCCGCACGGCUGACAUGUCGGCGGCAGAGGAGUCAGAGAUUCGGUCGGCCUUUCAGCACGCGCUGCAGUCUGCGGGCCCACCUCCGCUGCCCCGCUCGGACGACUGGUCAGUGCAUGGCCGCCAUGCCGACCCGACAUCCAGUGCACUUGUGCCGCUUGCCGUGUCCGCGCCGCCUGCUGGCGGAGCUGCGGCAUGGUCGGGGCCGAACGGGCCGAUGAGUGCCGACCAGGCCACGAUAGGGACGUGGGGCGGCAGCAGCGGCGGCCCAGGCACGGGCUCUGGAUACGUCGGUGGCGGCGCGGCGGCGGCUGGUGCUCCUGCGAUGCGGGCCUCAUUUGACCGCAGGGCGUCGAGCCCAGGCAUCAGUGGCAGGAGUGUGAGGGUCAGCCGGAGGGUGCAGCCGCUGGGCAACAGCAAUCAGGUGCCGCUGCAAUCGCGCGGCGCCAGCCCCGCCGUAAGCGGUGCGCACAUUAGCUCUGGCGGGCUGCCGCCUGUUGAGCUGUCGGGGCCACAAGAGCCGCAGGCGUUCCGCAGCUUCGCCUCCAUGUCAGGCGCCACCGGCGCAGCUGCCGCGGCCUCCGCACCGGUGGCAGGGUCGUUUCGGCGGCAGUCUCUGGUCAUGAACCCAGCGUUUGAGUCCGACUGGGAGCCCAGGGCAAGCCCUGCCGCCGGCGCUGCCGCGGGUACCAGCGCGCAUGGAGGCGCGCGGCCCAUGUCUGGAAGCGUGAUUGUGGCCAGAGCCACGGCCGGCGGCGGUGCUGCUGCAGAUGGUGCCUCGCGAGUUGCUGGCAGUCCAACAGGCAGCGAAGCAAUAAGCCUGUUUGAGCGCUUCAAGAGCCAGCUCACAGGCGGACUCAACUCUGCGAGCGGUCGCCCGGCUAGCAUCGACGGCUCGCCUGGCGGCUCACCGCGCGCAGGCAAUCGCGGGCUGUCACUGAGGAACAUAACAGCCAUGUUCAAGGAGGGAGGCGGCAGCGGUGCGGGCACCAGCGUGCGGCCAAGCUUGGAUGGGUUGCCGGUUGCAAAUGGCGGCGGCGCCGCCGCGGGAAUGGCUGCCGGCGGCGCACUGGGCUUACCGCUGCGGGAGGACGUGCCCGACAUUGAAGGCGCGCCGCCGCUUGAGACGCGAGGCAGUGGUGGUGCGGCUUUGGCGCGGCACCAGAUGUCGGAGGCGCCCCCGCGGCUUCGCGGCACCCUGGGUGGCCGGUCCAGUAACCUUCGCCCGACCCUGGCGUCGCCGCUGGGUCCUGGCGGCGCCGCCGCCGCCACACCGGCCAGCGGCGCGGCGGCUGGCGGCAGCGGCGCGGCCGCUUUGGCGCAAGCCAUGUCGUCCGGCGGUGCGGUCCGGCGAUUCAUGGUGUCACCGGCCGCCGGCGCGAGCACAGUUGGCGUGCGAUUUGCAGCCUCGAUUCCAGAAGGAAGCCCGGAGCACUCGCCGUCCACGGGUGCUGAUGACGCCAUCGCUGAUGGGGGCGCCGCCGUAACGGGCGUGCCGCCACCACCGCCUCGUGCGCCCAAUUCGGCAGCACCAGCGGGAGCCGGCGCGCCUGUGCCUGUGCUGGGCUCUCCUCUGGCGCCGCCUUCGGCCUUUGCCCUGGGCGCUCGGCCAUCCAGGCUGCUGCGCAAGGCGAAGACCCAGACUGCGUCGCCGUCUCUGCACGGCGAUGAGCUGGGCGCGUUCGACGACGACGAACCGGGUGCGGGGCUGCAGCAGCGCCAGCGGCCGGGAGCAGCCGCUAGCGCCCUGUCAGCCAUCUCACCCGCAAACGUGCGCGCGGGUGCGGCCGCUGGGCAACGCAGCACCGACACUGGCAUGCUGAGCUCUGCUGCGGGUGCAUCCGCGGCAGCGGCGGCAGCGGCCGCACCGUCGCCGGGCAUUAGGUCCUCGGUCCGGCGCGCUAUGUUUCCGACUGGGAGCAAGUCUGCGUCUGUGCUGGGCGGGCGGCGGGCCACACACAGCGGUGUUCCAGAUGACGUCGCUGUUCCAGGAGCUAGGAGCGCUAAGCCGCCCUCGCUCCUUUCCCCGGAUGCGUCUGCGUCGAGGGCGCCGGCGCCGGCAGCAGCCAAGCAGCCUUUGCGGGAGGCGUUUGCUCCUGUGCCGGAUGCAGGGCCUCCGGGCUCGUUGAAUGCAUGAUGCUGUGAUGUCAACACCAGUGUGAAACUGAUGCGAGACAGCGCGGGCGAGAUGGAAACACAAUGUGCACAACGCAGUAAGUAGCGCUAUCGGGGUUAAGACAUCUUUGUUGACUGCCCAAGCGGUAGGAUGGGGUUGGCAGUUAUGUCACGGUUAGAGGCUGGGCACAGCACACGAGCGCGACAUGCCAUUUUGACCUGUGCUCUGGUGACUUUGGCGAAUUUGGCUGUGCCUUACCAACCGUGGCGUUUGUGUUUCGUAGCCCUAUCCUCUGAUUAUUGUGGCAGGUGUCAGCGGGAGUGCGCUACCAGGUGUUUUUGAGGCGUUGGCCAAAAGCACACAUCAGCCGUGCAAUCGUGGAUGACGGUGGCAUCGCUUUCAUAAAGAAGAACGCCUGCUCCAGCACGCCAAGAACUGCAGCGUUUUGUCCCAUGCACUGUCACAUCACGCGCAGUGUGCACCGCAUUGUCAUCCACUUUAUUUAUCUUUACGUUUCUUGGCAAUGAUGCAUGGGGUUUUCUUGUCUAGUUGUGUGGAAGCACGCAUACGGUUACGCUGUGAUGGAGUUUGAAUCCUGUCGCUAUGCUAUCUAAGGGACGGUGCAAACUGCAUUUUUAAGCGGAGACGCCUGAGAGGAUGUGACUCGAGCUGGGGGAAGCUGGAACAUGCUUCAGACCGUCACAUCCUGGCGGGGGUGUGGGCCGCCAUUUAAGGCAAGAUAGUGCAUGCGCAAGAUGACAAGUUCAUUGCAUGCUGCUGCUGGCGCCGUCCCAAACUAUGGGCACGGCAUGCCAGUAGAAGCCUGCUGCCUGGACUUGGCACGCGCAUCCCAACCUUCAUACGCUAUCGCAUUCACAUGCAUACCAAUCAACAGGUUCUGCACUCUGCAUGCAUGUAAGCUUGCUUCAGU